AUGGCGGGUGGCUUGCGCGAAUAUGCAAAUAACGAGGGAUUUUACGUUCAAAUGCACAAUGCAUCUUCGGGAGAUUUACUUUGGGGAGGCUCUAAAUCUCUCAAAUCAAGGAAAAGGAAGGCUUCUCGUGAGUUUUAUCCAGUAGAGAGAUUGGUUUCAAAGAAGAGAGUGCGAAAUACGACGGAAUACUUGGUAAAAUGGAAAGGAUAUAGUGCCUUCCAAAAUACAUGGGAAGAGGAAGAUAAUUUAACUGCUGAUCUCAUAAGGAGUUAUAACAAGCCAUGUAUUCCACCUGAGAGAUUAUGUAGGAAUCUCGACUUUCUACAGGUGGCUCUGACAACAAAGUUAAAGUCAAAGAACAGGAACAAGUUAAUUUUAGAUUUUGAGCAUGAUGUUUUUAGAUAUUUAUUUUAUGGGAAGGGAAGACAAUCAAGGGACAACAAAAUAAUCCACAUUGCCGCUACUGGUAGGGAUGGUGUCAUGGGUAGUACUGAAUACACUGGGCACACACUCAUUUGA